UUGGUUAGUUUAGGAUGGAUAAAGUCAUCUCCCACGCCAGUUGUAGAAGAAUCGGAUGCAACUCUUGAUAAAGCUGGUUUAGAUGCUUUGACAAGUAGUUUAGAUUCUGCAUAUGCAAAUAGACAUGUACUUGCAAUAUGCAGACUGUUUUGCACAUAUUUUAUACUUUUAAAUAUUGAGUCUUCAAAAACAGGUGGAGAAUUGCAAGUGCAAGCCAAGAACCAAUUUAUUAAAACUCUGAGUGAUCUUGAAAUUGCAGACAAUAUCUCCGUGCUGUUCCAUGAUCUACUAGGUAUUGCAAAAUCAGAUAAUGUUAAAUUUAAUAAGGAUUUGUGCCACAAAACUUUUCGCUAUAUGCAUGAAAAAACAACAUCUAAUAGAGUAGCGGAUAUAAUCAAAGAAGGCAGAUCAAAGAAUCCAAGUAUUUCAGACGAUGAGCUUUCUAAAACAAUCAUUGACGAUAUUUGGCCUGAUUUAGAGGAUGGAAUUAAAGAACCUGAGAGCUAUAUUGGAGGAGAUUCUGAACUCACAACAAAAGGUCUACUAGAAAAUACAUUUUGGUCAUUAGUAUUGUCAACCUUUGAGAUAGACGAAAAUGUCAGUGUGGAGGGAUUACUGGAGGAAUAUGAGAGACUUGAGAAGGAAUCAAAAGAUAUAAUGAAACAAUACAUUAUAGUAACUACUGGCAUCUUAGAACUUUUGAGUGGCAAAAAACUUGCUGAUAAGGUGGAAAUAAAGGAUGUGGCUAUGAAAACCGUGAUUCACAAGUUAAGACUGGAACUGGAUUUUCCUACGUUUAAAACCAAAGUCGAUACUGCCUUAACGAUCUGCUCGUCGGUUUUACAAGAAAAAGGUGGCAUUGAGCAAUAUAAAACAUAUUUGAUGGGAGUUGCAAUACUGUUAUUCAUCGUUGAUCUGCUCUUGCUAGUACUUUUCUGGACAGCAUCAAAGCUAGAGGUCGACUAUGACUAA